AUGGGCGUGGAGCAAUCCAAGUGUGCAGCUUGCUGUGCCGACAAAGAUGAAUCAGGCAAAGACAUCUCCAUUCAGCCAGUGGAGGGGAGUGGCAUGACCGGAAAUGAAGAAGUAGCGGAAACGAAGUUAGCACCUGCAAGUGCAGAAGGCACUAUCAAGGUGAAGGACUCUGAACAGGCAACCUUGAACUUCAAAGAUGAUGCAACGUACACAGGAGGGGUUGUGGACGGGAAGCGUGACGGAUACGGAACAUACAAGAGCCCCACCGAGACGUAUGAAGGCCAAUGGAAGAACGACAAGCAGAAUGGAGAAGGCAAACACACGUGGAGCGAUGGACGAUCAUACGAGGGACAGUAUGUGAAUGGACGCUUCUCAGGCAAGGGAAAGAUGGUCUGGAGAACCGACAAGGGUACGAUGAUCUACGAAGGAGAUUACUUGGAUGAUGCCAAGCAUGGCUUUGGCAAGUUCACGUGGCCAAACGGCAAUGUUUAUGAGGGUGGAUGGCAGAAUGGAAAGCGGCAUGGAAAAGCGACCUUCACUACGUCCACUGGAAAGCAGAAGGUGGGCUUCUGGCAAGACGACAAGUUCGUGAGGUGGGAGGAUGAUGAUGGGGAGCCAUCUCAAGCAUGA